AUGGCCGCUGUCUCACAGAAGUGGAAAGAUAGCGUCGGCAAGGAGAUCAUAGAGAUGGGCGCGUACGUCUUUGUGUGGGCAAUCGGGGUCUACUGCUGCAUUCGGCUCAUGAGAGACUACGAGUUUAUCUUGAAGCCACUAUUCUUGGCCGCGGUGUUCGUUUCCGUCCUGGAAUCAGGCGUCGAAAUGUGCGAGGCUAUCCUGGUUCGCUCCGCCAGGAGGCUCUGGAUGCUGUUGCUGGUCAUAGUUAUCCAGCCUGUCAGAGACUUGUUCUCCAAAGUCUGCGGCUAUUAUCCAGCUGAGUGCCUAUGUGAGAUGCGCGGAGGUCCUCCGCUGCCAGGAGAAGAAAGGCUUGAUCGUAUUACCAAGCUGCAAGGACCGCAUUAA